AUGGAUAUCUGUGGAUCUAUGGAUCUAUAUGAGUAUGGGUCUCUGUGGGUCUCUAUGGUUCGAUACAAGUCGAUCCUGGAUCUCUUUGGGCCUCAGCUAAGUCAUCGCCAAAAGCUGGAGCUGGAGGCCAUGAAACAAGUAUGGUUCUUCACUUUGGACAAGGUCGACAAACCCCGGGGUGGCAACAACACCGACAGCUCCGACGACGAUAACAACAACUACAUCCCUGUCCGCAAGGAACAGCUCCACUACCGCUAUGAGGUGCAGAAGAUGAUUGGCGAGGGAGGCCAGGGCCUGGUGCUGCAGUGCCUCGACCACAAAACCAAAACACUCGUGGCCGUCAAGAUGCUGUCGCUGCCCUGGAGCUCCUCGACAGCGGCCCGUCAGAGGACGGAGCUGGAGGUGGCCAAUGAGCUGCAGGGCAAGGCCAGCGAUGAGCGCUACGGAGUCAUCCGGGUCUUGGACACGUUCCAAUUCCGCGGACACAAUUGCCUCGUCGUCGAGCUCUUGAAGAAGAGCCUCUACGACGUCAUGAGCAAAGGAAGCAUCGGGCGAAUCUACGUGAGGCGGUUGAGGGAGCACACCAGGGCCAUCCUCGACUUCCUGUUGUACGCCAAGGGGCGGGGCAUCGUCCACGCGGACAUCAAGCCGGACAACAUUCUGCUCACCGCGACCGGCAAAGUGAGGGUCACCGACUUCGGGUGCAGCUUUUACCUGAAGCAUAAAACCAAAAACGUGGGUGGGACGUUGCCCUACAUGGCCCCGGAGCUGCUGCUGGGCUACGAUGUCACCUCCGCUGUGGACAUGUGGGGCCUGGGCUGUACCUUGGCCGAAAUGGCCACCGGCAAGGUGCUCUUCGAUUCACCUGCCAUCGAAGAACACCUGCCCUGCUGCAUUGAGAUCCUGGGCAUGCCCCCGAAAAAGAUGGUGGACGACGCCCCAAAAAGGAUACUUUUCUUUGACUCUGAGGGCCUCCCCAAAAACAUGUCCAAGCAGCGGCCACCAGGAAGCCUCCCCCUGCACCGUGCGCUGCAGGGCCACCACCCUCAGCUGGUGGACUUCGUCAGCCGCUGCCUGCACUGGGCCGACACCACCCGCUGGGCCACCACCACCAUCAGCAGCAGCGGCGGUGGCACCACUCCUGUGCAAGGCUCUGCAGCUGCUCAGCCGCGAGCGGAGCCGGAGGAGAAGCUCCUAUCGCCAUCGUCAUUAUCGUCGCUCACCCAGACCUUUGGAGAGAGGACGGAGGUGGUGGAGGUGGUGGAGACGCAGGAGGAGGAUGACGACAACGAGGAGGAGGAUAAAGAGGAGAAGGAGGAAGAGGAGGAGGAGGGGGAGAGGGACCGAGGGGUCCUGGCGCGUGUGGGCAGGGCGCUCCGCUCACUCCGCUCGCUGCUCAGCCGCCUGCUGCUCUGUGGUGGGCGGCCCACGGCAGAGUAG